UCUCGCUCUAAAAUAUCGCCAACGUCUCAGACCAAAAUUUCGCCCAAAUCGGAAGUAGCCAAAAGAUGUACAGAUUAAACCGUCUCAAUUCCGCCAAUCACCUCUCCGCCGCCGCCGCCGCCGUAUAUCCGAAACGGUUGCUCAGAACGAAUAUCAGUCACUUUUCUCCCGCAGCGACAGCCGGAAUCAGUGAUACCGGCAAUACUUAUGCGAGGAAUAGGGGAAAAAAGCUGACGGAGCUCUCGAGGAGUGUGGUGAUGCUCACUUGCGACUCAUCUGCAGACGGCGGCAUCUGCAAUGUUUACUUGGUCGGAACCGGUCACGCUUUACCGAAAUCCUGGGAAGAAGUUAGGGCAGCAGUGCGAUUCUUGAAACCAGAGGUUGUUUUCCUAGAAUUGUGCUCCAGUCGCGAACAUUUACUUAGGCGUGAAAAAAUCAAGGUUCCGACUAUGGGAGAAAUGGUGGAAAUGUGGAAGAAAAAUUAUAAACUUUCUUGGAUUCUUUACGAUUGGUAUACGACUAAGCGUGGGAGUCGAUUUGAAGUUGCAGAUGAUGGAGAUUUUCUGGCAGCAAAUGAUGAAGCCAAGAAAUAUGGUGCCAAGGUUAUACUUGGCGAUCGACCCAUUGAUAUUACAGAUCAGAGGUAUAUUGCCAAGACGUCUAUUUGGCAAUUUCUCACCGUUCAAAUUAAAGGAAUUCCCAUGAAUUUACCAUAUGAAAUCCGGAAGAAGCUAAUCAAAGGAAAGUAUGAUGCUCAUGCGGUCCAUCGAUAUAAUCAAGAGAUAUCCAAGAGCGAUCCUGCUUGGGCAGAAAUAUAUACCCAUGAGCGUGAUCUAUAUAUGUCGGCCAAGAUACUUGAUGUUGCCAGCAAGUAUAAAUCGGUGGUAGCUGUGGUGGGAAAGGCCCAUGUACCAGGAAUCCAGAAGAACUGGAAACAACCCAUUGACGUAAAGAUUUUAUGCCAUUCAUUGACUACUUUGUCCUUCAAAAUUCUUUACUUGAUUAUUCACUUUCUACAUAGAAUAAACCAAGUUUUUUGUAUUAUAUGCCACUAUUCUAACUUGAUGUUUUUUGAUGGUUUAACGUCGUGAUUCCAAAUAUAUCCAUUUAAUGGAACUUUAUGCUGUUGAAUGUUUCAGUUGGAGGAACUUCUUAGCAUACCAAUUGGAAAAAAGACAAUAUCGGUAGGCAAGAUAAUUAGUUUUAUCGCAGGGGUUUCCAUAGUUUACGGCAUUUGUCUCUCCAACAAGAAUUAGCCCUCUGCAUUCCAUGAGAUCACCUAACUGGGCCAGGAUGAAAGCUGCUGCAACAAUGACGACUUAAUGUCGUCUUCAAGUUACUUCGGAAAUCAGAGUUGGCAGUUGGAACAAACAAGUCAGUGUUCACAUAUUCUAUACUAUGCUUUAGUGUUAAGAGUAACGUUGAGGAAUGGAUGCACAUCUGAUUACACUUAAAGAGAUAUCAAUACAUUGAAGUUCACUUGUCAU